UCUGCCCUAUGCCGUCAAAGAAUCACAAACACUUCGCACGCAGUCGCGAGAGAAAAGGGACAUGUUGGAAACUGACAGACCCGCGUAACCGUUCGUUUGGGGGGUGCCGCACACCCUUUCAGAGAUGGGCUACUUUGCCCUAAGACGCAUGAAAAUGAACUGAAGAGUGAAGCUAUAAUCUGGGCAAUGUGUGGUUUGAAUGGACAUUCAUAUGUAUGAGUUAUUUGAAGUUUAAAAUGUGGGCGAUGGUGGUGUUAUCGAGAGCCAGCUCUCCCUUCCCUUCGUCUAGGACAAGAUGGCAGCAAUGCAGGCACACUGUGCAUGGUAUGGCUUCAUAAGUCCAUAACAUGUUCAGAAAAGACCUGGAUUAUACCCAUUGUGACUCUAUGUGAAGAGCUCUGGAGUGGGAUGCAUUGGAACAUUGGAGGAAAUAAACGUAAAAGGUAUGGCCUCACAAGUUUUGGUCUACCCACCACACAUUUAUCAAACCCAGACAAGUGCCUUUUGCAGUGUGAAGAAACUCAAAGUCGAGCCGAGCAGCUGUGUUUACCAUGAGAGGGCCCACCCGUGGACUUAUCUGAACGGCAGAUCCAUCGGCAUCGCACAAGCAACCAAACAAGCCCGCUCACUCGUGAGCCGAGAGCCGGCGGUGAACGCCAGAGUGCGUGGUGGACAACAGCACCCGGUGCAGACAGUGGUGGUACGCGGAGUAAAGAGGAAGCCGGCCGGUGAGAAGGAGGGGAAAGGCCCAGCCGAGGCUCAAUUGCCCCAGGACGCAGACUUUGUCCCGUCGCAGGGUCAGCGGACACAACAGACAGAAACAGGAAGGGUGGGCAGCAGUGGAGCAGCAGGGGCAGGAGGAGGAGGAGGAGGAGGGGGAAGGGGAGAGGGCUGCCGAGAAGGCGGAGGCGGGGGCGACGUGGAGGAGGAAGGUGACGGGGAAGACGAGGACGGUGGAGGUUUGAACACAGCGGAUAGCUUCCAGCGAUGGGGGUUGAAACGUAAAAGUGAGGAGCUAGGGAAGCAAGGGAGCGCCAUGCAGAUAGUGGAGGAACUGUCUAUGUUACCUGCCAUGUUGCAAACAACGAAUGUCGGGAAUGCAGCCGGGCCUACGGCUGCAGCAGUUGGCGGGGCAGGGGCGGGGGUGCCCACAAAGCAGGUCGGCGGGGCAGGCGCAAGUGGAGGGGAUGGGGACUACCAGUUGGUAAAGCAUGAAGUCCUGUGUUCCAUGAAGAACACCUACGAGGUGCUGGAUUUCCUGGGCCGGGGCACAUUUGGUCAGGUGGUUAAGUGCUGGAAGAGGGGCACGGGUGAGGUGGUAGCGGUGAAAAUCCUCAAGAACCACCCGUCGUACGCGCGGCAGGGCCAAAUUGAGGUGGGAAUUCUAGCCCGUCUCAGUGGGGAGAACGCAGACGAGCACAACCUGGUGCGAGCCUUUGAAUGCUUCCAACACCGCAGCCACACCUGCCUGGUGUUUGAGAUGCUGGAGCAGAACCUGUACGAUUUCCUGAAGCAAAAUAAGUUCAGCCCUCUACCCCUGAAAGUGAUCCGGCCUGUGCUGCAGCAGGUUGCAACCGCCCUGAGAAAACUGAAGAGUAUGGGCCUGAUCCACGCGGACCUCAAGCCCGAGAACAUAAUGUUGGUGGACCCUGUGAGGCAGCCUUACAGGGUGAAGGUGAUCGACUUCGGCUCGGCCAGCCAUGUGUCCAAAGCGGUGUGCUCCACGUACCUCCAGUCCCGCUACUAUAGGGCUCCAGAGAUUAUCCUGGGACUGCAGUUUUGUGAAGCCAUAGAUAUGUGGUCACUGGGCUGUGUGAUAGCAGAGCUCUUCCUGGGAUGGCCUCUGUACCCGGGCUCCCUGGAGUAUGACCAGAUCCGCUACAUCUCUCAGACACAAGGGUCCCCGGGAGAGCUUCUGCUGAACGCGGGCACCAAGACGGGCAGGUUCUUCUGCAGAGAGCCGGACUCGCCCUACGCACCAUGGAGACUAAAGUCGACGGAUGAGCAUGAGAAGGAGACAGGAAUGAAGUCGAAGGAAGCCCGGAAGUACAUUUUCAGCAGCUUGGAUGACAUAGUGCACGUGAACUUGGUGAUGAAUCUGGAGGGGAGCGACCUGUUAGCCGAGAAGGCUGACCGCCGGGAGUUUGUGAGCCUGUUGAAGAAGAUGUUGUGGAUCGACGCGGAGAAGAGGAUAGCCCCCGCCGAGGCCCUCAACCACCCCUUUGUCACCAUGCAACACCUGCCCGACUUCCCCCAUAGCAACCAUGUCAAGUCAUGUUUCCACAUCAUGGACGUGUGCCGGACACGGCCCGGACCGUACGACGCCAUGAACAGAAACAAGGGUCAGUUUGUCCGACCCAUGCCCCCCUCCAACGGCCCAGUCAACCACCCGUUCAGCAAAAUGGCCGCUGUCCAUACACAAGGGUUAGCCCCAUCAGCCCCCUCGGUGAUGCAUCCUGGGAUACCGAUGCAGUCAGGAAGUGUGCAGUUUGGCUGCAGCGAUUCAUUUCAGCAGGCACUCAUUCUGUGCCCCCCGACCAUCCAAGGAAUCCCCACCAAUGGAGCCAAGCCGUCAGGCUACUCUGUUAGAAUGGACACUGCUGUCCCUCUGGUCACUCAGGCACCCCCCAUCCAACCCCUCCAGAUACGACCCGGAGUCAUGACCCAGCAGACCUGGUCCAACCGCGCUCAGCAGAUCCUGGUCCCCGCCUGGAACCAUAUGACCUCGGUGGCCCCUCCACCAACAUCACUGGCGUCUGACACUGUGGCGGGCCCGCAGAGGCUGGCAGAGUGGGGGAAAGUGCGUUCCCAUGGCAACCAUUACAGCACCAUGAUUGCCCACCCUCAGAGCCUCCUGUCCAACCAAAUGACCCUGUCUGCCCAGCAGCCAAUCAGCAUAGGCAUUGCCCAUGUGGUAUGGCCACAGCCUGCUGCCAACAAGAGGAACAAGCCCUGUGUCAACAGGGGUACAAACUUCUCCCACCACAUAGACAUCCAAAACUCAGCAUGCCAGUCCCCAAAGAUGGCCGACACAGCCAAGAAUGUAGACGAGGUCCGAUGCCCCGGGGAGGCGCGGACCGCCGCUGCCGCCGCCGCGCCCGAGGCGGGCCGCGAAGAGGAGGUGGAGGAGGGCUGCUGCAGGCAGGAGGCCGCGUGUGGGGAGCCGUCGUCCCAGGGGCAGCGUCAGGCCAUGGGGGUCUCCGACCUGGCCAGCCCCGCCAGCGUCAUCACCAUCAGCAGUGACGAAGAGGAGGGCGCACAGCCGCACGCGCACGGAGAGUGUAAAGGCGGGGCGGCGUGCGAGGCGUGCGAGAGCACCGUGAGCAUGGAGCGGGUGUGUUCCCUCAGCAGUCCAGACAGCACGCUCAGCACCAGCUCCUCCUCAUCGGCCCAGUCCAGUGCCUCGCCGCGCAAACACUCCAACAGUAUGUCAGAUGACGAACCGGAGAGUGGCUGUGACACGGUGGAUGGAUCGCCGGCCUCCGACUGCUCCGCCCACAGCAGCAGCCCGUUCCAAGAGAGGCCGCCGUACAUCGCCGGCAGCAACCAGAACUGCCAGCCCCGCGUCGCGUGUGUCGCUCCGGAGACGGAGCCGGGGAAGCCCACCGUGCGCACCAUGGUGGUGCCCCCGAUGGUGCUGCACAACAACAACAACAACCCCGGCAUGGCCGACCCCAGCCACACAGUCUUGGACCCAUCGUGUCAGUCCAGAGGGCGGGGCUUUACUGGCCGACACCCCCACCACUCCGUGCCCCUCCUCAACAGGCCCCAAAAGAUGCCUCCCGCAUUCCAGCCCCAGCAACAGCCAGCCAUGGGCUUUGGGCAGGUGCAGCAUUACGGACCCUGCCACCAGGAAUGGAACGGAAACUAUUCCCGCCGCCGGCCGCAGGCCUACAUCCCCCCUACCAUGCAUGGCCACGCCUUCACCCUCUCCCACAGCAGCCCAAACCACAACACCGGCCCCCACUCCCACCCCCACCCCCACCCCCACCCCCACAUGGGGGGCCACCCCCACCCCCAGCCCACCCUGCUCUCCUACCCGCCGUCUGGCCCGUCGCUGGUCACGGCCGCGCCCGUGGCCCACCUCCUGGCCUCGCCCGGGGGCGGGCCCCGCCCGGUGCUGCAGCCCACCUACAGCAUCGCACACCCGGGGGGGCUGGUGCACCAGGUCACCAUGGGCAUCAACCCCCGCCUGCUGCCCUCGCCCACCCUGCACCACCCCGGCCCCUUCAAGCCCCUCUUCCCGCCGCACUCCUACAUCGCCUCGCCCGCCUACGCCGGUUUCCCCCUCAGCCCCACCAAAAUCAACCAGUACCCCUACAUCUGAGGGUAAGCCGGCCGCCCGCCCCCCCCGCGCAACACCUCCGCCCGGGGGCCGAGUGGGCGGGGUCGGUGCUCUCCAGGAACACACACAACACG